AUGCCCGAUCCCGCCAAGUCCGCCCCAGCGCCCAAGAAGGGCUCCAAGAAAGCCGUCACCAAGGUCCAGAAGAAGGACGGCAAGAAGCGGAGGAAGAGCAGGAAGGAGAGCUAUGCCAUCUACGUCUACAAGGUGCUGAAGCAGGUCCACCCCGACACCGGCAUCUCCUCCAAGGCCAUGGGCAUCAUGAACUCCUUCGUCAACGACAUCUUCGAGCGCAUCGCAGGGGAAGCCUCCCGCCUGGCUCACUACAACAAGCGCUCCACCAUCACCUCCCGGGAGAUCCAGACCGCCGUGCGCCUGCUGCUGCCCGGAGAGCUGGCCAAGCACGCCGUCUCCGAGGGCACCAAGGCCGUCACCAAGUACACCAGCGCCAAGUGA